AUGGAUCGAAUUAUGCAAUCCUUACGGAGAAAAAGACAUCUAAAACAACUUCAAUUUGUAGUAACAAAUGUAGUUGUAGUUCUUAUGAUGUAUUGGGUUUGGUAUAUGACAAGUGUUGCUACGGUUAGGGGUGUUCAAUUGAUCCAAAGUAAAAGAGAUAGAAAAAUAUUGCGCUUAAAAAUUAUGCAUCGCUUAAUACAAGAAAGUGAUGUGCAUUGCAAAAGUGAACUUCGGGUUAAUAGACAAACCUUUAAUAUUAUGUGUAAGAUGCUCAAGGAGAUUGGAGGCCUCACUCGGACAAAAAAUAUGUCUCUUGAUGAGAUAGUUGCCAUGUUUUUGUACACUUUAGCUCACCGUAAAAAAAAUAGAUCUAUUGCUCACUUUUUCAUAAGAAGUGGAGAGACCGUGAGUCGGCAAUUCAACUUAUGUCUGAGGGCUAUACUUAAGUUGCAUGACCAUUUGCUUUACAAGCCCAAACCAAUAUUAGAAGAAUGUGAAGGAAAGAAUUGUUUAGGAGCGUUGGAUGGUACCUACAUAAAUGUAACUGUACAUCCCCAAGAUCGUGGUAAAUAUCGGACAAGAAAAGGUACCAUUGCUAUGAAUGUGUUAGGUGUUUGUGCACCCAACAUGCAAUUUAUCUAUGUUCUUCCGGGUUGGGAAGGCUCUGCUCACAAUGUCUGUGUCCUUCGCAAUGCUCUCACUAGGCCAAAUGGCUUUAGGGCUCCUAGAGGUAACUAUUAUUUGGUCGAUAGGGGGUAUACAAACUGUGAGGGUUUUCUUGCUCCAUAUAGAGGGCAACUAUAUCAUCUUAAGAAAUGGACAUAUAGACAACCACUAACUGCAGAAGAGUAUUACAAUAUGAAGCAUGCUCGAACAAGAAAUGUAAUUAAAAGAUGUUUUGGGUUACUUAAAGGGAGAUGGAGUAUACUUAGAAGCCCCUCCUUUUUCCCUAUUCGAACUCAAGGACGUAUUGUGAUGGCUUGUUGUUUACUUCAUAAUUUAAUAAGGAAAGUGAUGCUCACAGAUGAUGUAGAAGAAGAGAAUAUGAGUAAUGACGAUUCCGAUAACGAUUCCGAUGAUGAAGUUGAAUACAUUACUACAAUAGCUACUUCUAAUUGA